GACUGGGAAUCCUGGAUUGAGAUGGAGGGGAUCAUGGCAAUAGUUUGUGAGUUGCUGUGAAAGGCCAGACUUGAGUAUACGCUCCACCGCCGCUUUUCCCUACAUCCUUUUCUGUUGGGCCUUGUCCAUAGGAUUCCUAGCGCGCAGUCUCGGAAGGCCACCUGUUGGAACUGGAGCCAUUUCACUUGGAGCUUCACUUAGAAUUGAGCUGGGGAAACUGCCUUUCAGUUUUCUCUGAUCCUUGUUAGUAGAUGGUGACCUGUUCACCUAGCUGUGUUCUAAGCAGUAGAGCAGGUAAGAGUGCUUACGCUUUAGUCCGAAGACCCUCCGUCGAGGGCAGGACUUCUGCUCUGCCCUUGUGCAAGGUGGUGUGAGCCUAGUCGAGAGUAUUUGGACAGUCCAGCUGCAGGCUUGGGAAGAUGGGACUAGAGACAGAUCUAGAUGUGGGAAGAGAGCCCUGCCUUCCUAGCGUCUUUAGCAGAUCUUCUAUCUCAAGAAGCUAUUAACCUGUGAACAUUUAGAUCCCUAAAUGUUCACCUAAAAGUUGGGUGCUGUGAAGAUCUGGAUUCCUGAAAUUCUUUAGACGCUGGAGAAGAGUCAUCCAAAUGCCCUGCUUUCUCUGAUUUUGGAGCUGUGAUUUGAAUCCCUGCAGCAUCCUUGUUUUUAUUUAUUUUUUAUCAUCAGAACCACGGCAUUCUGGCCACCGUACAGGGUUCUUUGUUACCUCCAUGGCUCUCAGUCUCCUUGUUUCUAAACGGCCACUUAGAGUUGGUCUGGCGCCCACGAGCUGGAGCCGGAGUCUUCCACAGUAACCCAUUUGGCACGGCUAGUCCUUUCUUGCGCUGGAACUUCCUCCUUUCCCAGCCUCUUCUCCUCCCACCACCUGGUUUCUCUAGGGAGGUCUUUGGCCCGAGCCUUGUUUCCUUGUGCUCAUUCUUCCAACUGAGGUCUGUUGAGCGGCCGCAGCCCCAGCCCUAGAAGCCCUGCUUGAGUCACGGGGAAACUGCGGAAGAGGCUUCAGCUUCUGCACCCAGGUUGCUGGGAGAAAAAGCAAAGGCCAAGGACAGGAUAUCUUAAUGAGUGAAGCAGCUGCUGUCCCUUCCGCUACCUGAGAUGACCCUGUGGAGGUCACUCCCUGGCUCUAGAGUAUCAGAGCUCAGUCCAGUUAAGGCUGACUUUUGGAGCCCACCCCGAGAAGAGCCCCCGCUGGGAAAGUAGGCCGCUCCAUCAGAAGAGGUGGUCUUUCUGAAGAAGCAAUCAAACAGCAUGGCAGCUUCUGUUUCUCAGUGGUGGUCCCCCAGUGGGCCAUGUCAUCUGAGCAUAGUGGGUAAAAGCAGCACGGCCACUUGGGUCAGGAGCGGUGAUGUGUGGAUGUGAGUGUGAGAAGCUGGUUUUCUCUUAGGUAUUUAGAGGGUAAAGCUAGAGGGUCAUCAAGGUUCCAGUGUCAAGCUUGGAUAAACAGCUCCUCCCCCACCUCCUCACCAGCUCGGAUUUUGGGGCCUGCCGUGCUCUCAGAGUCCUAGGAACAUCUCAUUCCUGAGGCACAACCCCUCCUCCCACAAAUCUCCCCGGGGAAGGUACAGUAUUGGAUGAGAACACGGGCAAACAGCUGUUCUUUCUAGACCAAGACAAAUGUGGUCUCCAGGAACCUUAGCUGUCCGGAAGAGAGAAUACAUUGAUCAUACAGCAAGUGUUUUGACAAUUGGAAGAGUUUCUGUAAGGAUUCAGAAUAAGCUCGUGGACAAAGAGAGCACAUCUGAUUUUGCAAAGCAGCCAGCAUCCAGGCUCCUAACAGCAGGGUGAGGUCAGCCCAGGAACAGAUCGAGCCAGAGUCCUUCUCAUUUAUGUCUGCGAAGAGUGCGACUUCUCUGGCUUCUCCUUGCAUGGGGGCUGCAGAUGCCAGGUACCAUUCUGGCUGGAGCUGUUCAUUCUAAGAAGGUGUGGCCCAAGCCCUCGUAGGAACUGUCAGUGUGACCAAGAGCUGUCAAUCACAGCAUAGACCUAUGCGGGGCUACCACCUGUGACACCUUGGGCAUGGCUGAUGUGGGCACCAUGUGUGAUCCCAAGAGAAGCUGCUCUGUCAUCGAGGACGAUGGGCUUCCGUCGGCCUUCACCACUGCCCAUGAGCUGGGCCAUGUGUUCAACAUGCCCCAUGACAACGUGAAGGUGUGUGAGGAGGUGUUUGGGAAGCUCAGAGCCAACCACAUGAUGUCUCCGACACUCAUCCAGAUCGACCGUGCCAACCCCUGGUCAGCCUGCAGUGCUGCCAUUAUCACCGACUUCCUGGACAGCGGGCACGGUGACUGCCUCCUGGACCAGCCCAGCAAGCCCAUCACCCUGCCUGAGGACCUGCCAGGCACAAGCUACAGUUUGAGCCAACAGUGCGAGCUGGCCUUUGGGGUGGGCUCUAAGCCCUGCCCAUAUAUGCAGUACUGUACAAAGCUGUGGUGCACCGGCAAGGCCAAGGGGCAGAUGGUGUGCCAGACUCGCCACUUCCCCUGGGCAGAUGGCACCAGCUGUGGUGAGGGCAAGUUCUGCCUCAAGGGAGCCUGCGUGGAGAGACACAACCCAAACAAGUACCGGGUGGACGGCUCUUGGGCCAAGUGGGAGCCUUAUGGUCCCUGCUCGCGCACCUGCGGUGGGGGCGUGCAGCUGGCCCGGAGGCAGUGCAGCAACCCUACCCCUGCCAACGGCGGGAAGUACUGCGAGGGAGUGAGAGUGAAAUACCGAUCUUGCAACUUGGAGCCCUGCCCCAGCUCAGCCUCUGGCAAGAGCUUCCGGGAAGAGCAGUGUGAGGCUUUCAAUGGCUACAACCACAGUACCAACAGGCUCACUUUAGCUGUGGCAUGGGUACCCAAGUACUCCGGCGUGUCACCACGUGACAAGUGUAAGCUCAUCUGCCGAGCCAAUGGUACUGGCUACUUCUAUGUGCUAGCACCUAAGGUGGUGGAUGGUACGCUGUGUACUCCCGACUCCACCUCGGUCUGUGUCCAAGGCAAGUGCAUCAAGGCUGGCUGUGAUGGGAACCUGGGCUCCAAGAAGAAAUUUGACAAAUGUGGCGUGUGUGGUGGAGACAAUAAGAGCUGCAAGAGGGUGACAGGACUCUUCACCAAGCCUAUGCACGGCUACAAUUUUGUAGUGGCCAUCCCUGCAGGCGCCUCCAGCAUUGACAUCCGCCAGCGUGGUUACAAGGGGCUCAUUGGGGAUGACAACUAUCUGGCCCUGAAGAACAGCCAAGGCAAAUACCUGCUCAAUGGGCACUUUGUGGUAUCUGCUGUAGAGAGGGACCUGGUGGUAAAGGGCAGUGUGCUACGCUAUAGUGGCACUGGCACUGCGGUGGAGAGCCUGCAGGCGUCUCGACCCAUCCUGGAGCCACUAACCGUGGAGGUCCUGUCCGUGGGGAAGAUGACACCGCCCCGUGUACGUUAUUCCUUCUAUCUGCCCAAAGAGCCUCGGGAGGACAAAUCCUCUCGCCCCAAGGACCCUCGGGGUCCCCCAGUGUUGCGCAACAGUGUUCUCAGCCUUUCCAACCAAGUAGAGCAGCCAGACAACAGGCCUCCUGCGCGCUGGGUGGCAGGCAACUGGGGGCCUUGCUCGGUGAGCUGUGGCAGUGGCCUACAGAAGCGAGCAGUGGACUGCCGGGACUCCCCAGGGCAGCAAGGAAUCUCUGCUUGUGAUGUAGACCAUCGGCCAGUGGAGAAGCGAGCCUGUGGUGAGCCCUGCCCAACCUGGGAGCUCGGCAACUGGUCGCCCUGUUCUAAGAGCUGUGGCCGUGGAUUUAAGAGGCGUCCGCUCAAGUGUGUGGGCCAUGGAGGCAGGCUGCUGGCUCGGGACCAGUGUGACCUACGCCGCAAGCCCCAGGAAUUAGACUUCUGUGUCUUGAGACCCUGCUGAGGGGUACUGUUUCUUCUACUCCUCUAUUCUAAACCCGCUGCUGUGCUGGUGCUGUGGUCAGCUGGAGCAGAGGACAGCGGCCAGUGGUCUGUGUCACAGUGUCACUCACAUCCAGAAUGAGGACCAUGGGUCUGGGCGAGAGGUUCCUUCCUCCUUGGACUCGGCAGGGGGAAGCUAACUAAUGCACAGUCUACCUCAUGCCCUGCUCCUCGGGCCCAGUUGUGGGGAGAGGCUUCAAGAGAUGGGUGCUGGGCAGAAGGUGCUGAAGGCCAGCUUCCAAGGAACCUGGAAGUUGGGUGCCUUCCAGGCAGAACUUCAGGGACCUUGGCCCCCAUAAUGGAGGUCACAGGCUGCUGGAAGAGCCAUGGCCUGCAGCUUGGCACCCUCAGGUGAUCCCAGGAGCUCUGAGCAGUCCCUGAACAAGGCAGGGGUCUGGUGGUGAUUUCCACCUUCUUUGUUUUUUGACUGAUGUGGACCUAACAGUAAAACUGUUCAGGGGUUACUAGAAGCCAAAGGGACAAUGAGAUUGGGUUCAUUUGGGCGCAACUUUCCUGUUUGCUCAUCUUCAGUCUUGAUCCUCCUUGGAAGAUCAGCACUUUGUAAUCUGGAUGGCCAGGGCAUUAGACCAGCUGGGGAAGCCUCGUUGUGGCCCCUGAUGCUUUGAAGGCAGCCCGAGAAACUACAGGGACCAUUUGUUGGUCAAGAGAGAGCAACUAUGUCAAACAGAUACUUGUCAUGUCAAAGGGGAAAUGAUUUGGUGGCUGAAGCAAGGAACAAAAAAGCUUAGAGGGCUCUUCUCUCAGUAGGGUUAGAGGGUGGAGGUGUUGACCUUCAAGAAUGUCAUCCUGGGAUAGCGAAAAGGAGUUCUGACACUUUUGUCAUCUAGCGAGGAACAUGUAAGGAGGCUGAUGAUGCCCUAGUGACCUUCCAAAGUGACCAUAGCCCUGUACCCACUGAGGGGGAGUGGUGGUGCCUGGGAGUGUGAGGUGCUGAGUGUCCACGUGCUGGCAGGUCAGCAUUCCGCUCGCUCGGGCGGCUCCUGCUGUCUCCUGUGGGCAUGCUACAUUACAUCUCCCAGCCUUCAUCUCUCUGGUAGGUAAACGGGGCUCAUUGUUUGCUACCUCAGAUCACGCUCUCUAGGACAGAAGAAACCUGGUGCUUCUACCAGUCUCAGCUGGAUGUGCCCAACCAUAAAGAUGGGUUUGUGUGUGGCUUUCCUGCUUCCCACAGCCUGGCUAUCAUCUGGGGCCCUAAAUACGAAGACAGGAGUCAGGUAGAGUGUCUUUUUCCCUCAGGUUCCUUGGGAUCAGGUCUUAGGAAACGCUAAGAGUCAAUACCCUGACCUUGAGACACUCGGAAGCCACCGGUUGGGACUACUGGAGACCCAUCUGUCAUCCUUGUAGACAUGACAGUGAAAUAGAAAUCCAGGCAUUUCUUAUAGCAGGGUAUUUUUUUUGAAGACCUGGAAGCUCCAGUGUAUACAGGGCAUCUUCAAAGAAUCAGCAGUGCAUCCAGGACCUCAGUGGAGGGUUAGAUGGAGACGAGACCAAAACCCUUGUCUUCACAUGGAGGAUAGCAGUCUUUGUCAAUCCUUUUACAUGUUUCCAGGGAGUCAAAAUCCACACAGCAGCCAGUGGGCCUGUUUUGCCCCUAGAGCAGUAGUUCUCAACCUCCUAAUGUUGCAACCUUUAAUACAGUUCCUCAUGUUGUGGUGACCCUCAACCAUAAAAGUAUUUUCAUUGUUACUUCAUAACUCAUUUUGCUACUGUUAUGAAUCUUAACGUAAAUUUCUGUGUUUUCCGAUGGUCUUAGUCAACCCCUGUGAAAAGGUUGAUUGUCCUCCAAAGGGGCCGCAUGACCCACAGGUUGAGAACUACUACUCUAGACUGUUAUUCUAACCCUGCUCUGUCUCUGGGCUGGAGACCUAGGACAGAGCUCCUACAGUGGGCGAAGGGCAUGUGACCCUUUGAGGCUGGGCUGUGAAGGACAGCAUUGGGGUGGGUGGGGGUGGGGUGGGAGGAAUGAGUACUUCAGAGCUGUAGAGACAAAAGGUCCCCAAGGCCUGAGGCUAAAGGGGAGCCUUGCUAGCUGAGGAGAGCAUGGUACCCAGUGCUUGGUGCAUUCUUUCCCUGUGAGGAGAGGUAGUGCUGGGCUGGGUAGAAGAGGUAGAGGUACAGGCAGGUGGGCAGUGAGGUGCCCUCACCGAGGUGACUGGCCUCUAACAGAGUAGCAUUGCUGUCAGCUGUUUUACAAGUCAUUUCAAGGAGGGUUGGCCACUCUUGUUCCUGAUACAUGCCAGGUGUUCACACUCUUUUUCUGUCACAAUAGUUUUAAUUUUUUUUUUAUUUUUUAAACUUCUUCUUUUUAAGAGAAGUAUGACGAAGACAGCUUUGUAAGUUCGUCUUGCCUUUGUACAUCUUCUGUCAACCCCUUGCUGAGCAGAGAUGGGGCGAGGGCACAGGUUUCUAAUGAUGGAAUAAAAAGUCAAAGUGAUGUCUCACAACUAUAGGGGAGGACGUUCUGGGGGGCUCCAGGAACGUCUUCAUCAGGUUAUGGACCAGUAAGACUUUGGUUUGGGAUCCCCUAGUCUCUUCUGCCUAUUGUGUGCACUGAUUGGAGGAUUUAGACCCAAAUACCCUCCUUUUAUGGACCAUGUCAUGUUGGGGAGGGGGCUGAAAGGAGCCCAGUUUGGAAGUCGGCUCCUGGAGACUCUAGACACCAAUGCUAGAGGCUCUUCCCCUAUGGGUUAACUACUUUUGCAUUUUGUGUACUGCAGAAGGAUGAGAGGGUCUGGGGACUGGCUGAGCGUGUAUACUGUGUAUACAUGGGAGCUGGCUGCUGAGGUGACAGCAACCUACUCCUAAUAAAGUUGGAUGUCUUUAAAACUUGCA